AUGCAAAAUUCGAGGUGAAAGUGGUUUUGGAUGGGAUGAUAACAUGAAAAUGAUCACAUGUGAUAGAGCGACAUAUGAUGCAACAGUGAUGGCACACAAGAAGUAUGAACCAUUUUUGAAUAAAAGCAUUGAUCAUUAUGAUGAAAUGGCUGUGGUUGUUGGCAAAGAUAUGGCAACAAGGAGUUUUGCCAGAACAUUUGCUGACAUAGAUUUGGAUGAUGGUAAUGAAGAUUCAAUGCCUGUAGACUGCAACAAUGAAGAGGCUGAAGAGGUAAGAACAAAUGUAUCUUCAUUUGACACAUCCAAACCUUUACGAACAAGUGAUGUCGAUGGAGGAAGAAGGAUUUGA